AUGUAUCCUGCUAAGCGCACCAAGAAGGUUGGGAUCGUGGGUAAAUAUGGUACCCGUUACGGAGCAUCCCUUAGGAAAAUGGUGAAGAAGAUUGAAAUUAGCCAGCAUGCCAAGUACACCUGCUCCUUCUGUGGCAAGACCAAAAUGAAGAGGAAGGCUGUGGGUAUCUGGCACUGUGGAUCCUGCAUGAAGACAGUUGCUGGUGGUGCCUGGACUUACAAUACCACCUCUGCAGUGACAGUCAAAUCUGCGAUUAGAAGACUGAAGGAGUUGAAGGACCAGUAGAAGCUGCAUCCUGUUCUUGUGAAACAUCUUUUUUUUUUUUUUUCCACUGUCAAGAUCUGUCCUUUUAACAAUAAAAAGGUGAUAAUGGAGUGGAAUCA